UGAUAGUUGCACGAACACGAAUAAAGGAAGAAAGUUUGCGUCAAGGUAACAUGAUGGAGAUACCUCGUACCCCACCUGCUUCAUUGGUGAAGUGAGUUCGGUAAAGAAGCUUUGACAGGCGCAGCGCUAUUCAAACGGGCUUCGUUCAAUCACAAAUGUACCGCCUGGAAAUACUGGGGAUAAGAUGGAACGAAAGGCGGGAGAUCUCUGGAAAAACGUUUCACGGCACGUUUUGCUUGUAUUGCUGCAACAUUUCUCUCCUAAUAUAGCGAUUUGCGAGGAGUACGCCUGGCCGCUGAGGCUUCGUUAUUGGGGUGUUCCCAACAACACUGAGAGCAACAGUAUCCUAUUUUCCUACUUUAGGGCCUUGCUCGCAUUCGUUCAGCAGCUAACGUCAUGAUGAGACCGUGGCAUUGAGAGUCGGAGGUGAUGGUGGUCAAUCAAGAGACGAUUGAUCGACCAUCUCUUACGGACGCCCCUCAGGCCAAUUGCUCAGAUCGCUCACCUCCCUGCUGCAAGGACCUCUGAGCGUUAUAACUUGUAACCAUAUUUCGUUCAACACCACAUCUUCUAUGUCCAUCCUUUCUCGAGAUGACCAAGUAAAAAGAUACCCACCCAAUCGAAUUCUUCGACUGUUUCCUUUGGCUGCAGUUCCGAAUUCGAAGCCACUUGGGCCAGUGCAAAGGAAUCGCCUGAAGAUACACCUUCAAUAAAGUU